AAUUAAUCAUAUUAAACCCAAAAUGGAAUCUCCAUUCCCUACCAAAUACACUUCUAAUUAACCUCUAAUCAAUCUCCAUUUCUCCAAUAUAUACUCUACAUAAUCCCCAAAUUCACAACUGACAUACAUUUCUCCAAUAUAUACUCUACCUAAUCCCCAAAUUCACAACUGACAUAGAGCGUACGCAGGGCUUACUAAUGGGCGUCGUAAAAGGAGUAGUAGGUGAUUUUGUUAUGACAUUUAUAGUGAUAUUUACUACUUCAACAAUUGGAAUUUUGACUCACAUUCUUGGAUCUGCAUUUGGAAUUGGCCAAGGAUUGACCUCUCUGUUCAUUACUAUGGUGAUUGUUUUCGUACUAUUUUCGUUGUUUGGGAUUAUUGGUGAUGCUCUGGGUGGUGCUGCAUUCAAUCCUGCAGGUACCGCGGCAUUUUACGCUGCUGGCGUUGCAAAAGACUCUCUGUACUCUGUUGCAGCUCGAUUUCCUGCUCAGGUACUGAAUUGUGCUUGAAAAAUUUUGAAUAAUAAUGGAAGUAGGAGCAAUGUAGUAACGUUCGGAUGUCACUUAAUGGUCAAUGAAACAACGUGAAUCUUUAGAAAUUAGGGGUUAAAAUCUAGACAUUAUAACUUUAGAUAAUUCAGAAGGUCCAAGCUGAUUCCAUUUUGCUUUUUCCGAGCUUCGGAAGGUCAUUUAAUGGAGUUUUAGUAGACGUUUGGUCAUAGUAUUUGAUUACGAGGAAUAUUGUUAAUGCUUUAAUGAACAUUUUAAAAUUUGAAAUUGUUAAUGACUAAAAUACUAGUUUCAAUAAUAAUGAGUAAUAUAUUUAGUGUAAUUUUGGAGUUUGAGAAAGACUAAAGUAUGCCUAGUUACAAAAAGGCUAUUUUCUAUAUCACUACUUUUCAAAUAAAGAGAAAAAAAUUAUUCUGGCAAAAAAGUGAAUAACCACUUCCAAAAAUGGAGGUAGAAAGUUGGUCUUCUUCUUUGCGAAAUUUAACUCAAGUUCACUUCCCAAAUUUCUCGAUAAAAGAGUUCAAAAAAAGUUUAAGAAAAUGAAGAUGAUUUAGACCAGUAGAUUAAUUUUAUCAAAUUUGAACAGUUCAAAUAUAUAUUUUACCUAUUUCAUAUACGUUUAUUUUAUUUGCAAAAUACAAAUUGAUCACGUAAAAAAUAAUGUUGUAUUACAUAUAUUUUAUCACAAGUUCAUGUUCAUCCAAUUAGAAAAAAAAAACUUUCAUUACGAGGAGGGGCAUGUGAGAGGGGCACAGAUGCGUUGUUCAUAGGUUUGAGAGGCUAGCUUGGAAUGGUUUCACAAAGGAUAGAGGUAGGCUGAAGAAAUAUUAAAAGGGAAUGAUUAGCAAUGGUGAAGUUAAGAUUUUCACUAAGGGGUUCACAAGUGAACAUACGAACUAAUCGAAGGGGUUCAACAUAUGCUAUAUAUAUAUAUAAAAAAUAAUCUUAAUCAUGUAAAUGUAGUAUAAUUUUUCGCCGAACCCCCUAUGUAUAGGGUAGCUCCGCCCCUAGUGAUUAGAUAUGACAUGGAGCAAAUUGAGGAUAUGAUCCUAAAUAGGAAGGUAUGGAGGAUGCUAGUGCGUGUGGGUGAGUUGUAACCAGUAGUUAGGAGAGUUUUGGUAUAGUCGAGCUGGUAUUCUUAGGAGUGUUUGGGUGUGGUGGGUGUCUUUGAUUAUUUAGUGUAUAGUAUUACGUUGUGAGUGUCUUAUUUCUGUUAUUUCAUCUUAUUCCCUAUUUUAUAAUGACUUUGUUUACUGUCCUUAUCGGAAAUAGGUUGUCUACUUUAUUGGAGGUAGUGAUAUAGACUACGUACAUUUUAUCUAAACAUCACUAUAUGAAAAUACAUUGAAUUUGUUAUUGUUGUAUCGUUAAUUUUUAAAGAUUGCGACAAAGUUAUAAAUAACACUAACAAAGUCCUUUUAUAGAGAAGGUUUUACUUUCCAAAAUUCCCUUUUUAUGGAAAAAGUUCCACUAAGAUGAUAAGAUGAUUGAUGAAGUCCAAACAAAUUAGUGUUCAAAAAAUACUAAUUAAACAAUUAAAAGUAGCCAAUAACAUGCUAAUGUCCUAACUUUCACCAAAUACUCCCAACUCAUCAAUCUUAGUUGUACAUCCCAAACCUCAUAAAAUACAAAUUCUUAAUAUCUACAAAAGGUCCAAAUUUACAUAGUAUUAUUAUUUUAUAUAAAAUAAAAAUAGAAUAAUUAAUCUCUAUAUUAUUAAUAUUCGUAUAUAUAACUCUAACCAACUAACAAACAUUCAUUAAGAGACAAAUCAUUGUCGAAUCCAACUAGUUAUACCCGAAGCACAUUAGGAAUAUAACUACUCCCUUCAUCCAGAUUUGAUAAAUAAAAUAAUAAUUUUAUUAUAUUACUUUUAAUUAUUAAAAAUAAAUUAAAAUAAUUACUAAUUAAAAUUUAAUAAUUAGAAUAAAAUAGGUAUGAAAUAGUAAAUUGUAACCUAAUUUUUUAAAUCAAUAGGUUACUUAUGUAUAAUAUUAUGUAUAAUAAUUCUUGUGAUUCGAUCCUUUUUGAACUCUGCAGUCUUAAUGCAUCAAGUUGUCGUUAGACUUUUUUAAGUCGGAUAUAUAAAUUUCGAUUAAAAUUGAAUAAUUAAAAAUGGAAGAAGAGAUUAAUUAAUGAUCUAAAUUCUCAACCAAUUAUAAUUCUAACCAAUAUCUAUUUUCUCAUUCAAUAUUAGGUUGAUCAUCUCACUAUCCUUCUCCUUCUCUUUCACCUUUUUUUUUCACAAAUUCCAUAAAUCUUUUGUAUACAAAUCUUGAUCUUGGUUCAACAAAAAUGGGUUCUGUAAAAGCAGCAAUAGCUGAUUUUGUGUUAACAAUGAUGUGGGUGUUUUGUUCAGCAACACUUGGUGUAUUCACUUACCUUAUUGCUUCUGCUUUUGGUAUUGUUCAACCAAUGACUUCUUUGUUUAUUACUACUUUUCUUCUCUUUGUGUUGUUCUUUGUUUUUGGGAUUGUUGGUGAUGCUUUGGGUGGUGCUGCUUUUAAUCCUGCUGGUACUGCUGCCUUUUAUGCUGCUGGUGUUGGAAAAGAUUCACUUUUUACAGUUGCCACUCGAUUUCCUGCUCAGGCCGCUGGCGCAGUUGCUGGUGCACUAGCAAUAUUGGAGGUUGUUCCUACGCAGUUCAAGCACAUGCUAGGCGGGCCUUCCUUGAAAGUCGACUUGCACAAUGGAGCCAUUGCUGAGGGCAUCUUGACUUUCGUAAUGACGUUUCUGGUGUUCAUGAUUGUAUUGAAGGGUCCUAAAAAUGCAGUUCUAAAGAAUUGGUUACUCGCAAUGUCAACUGUUACCAUGGUAGUUGCAGGUUCAAAAUACACUGGACCUUCUAUGAAUCCAGCCAAUGCGUUUGGUUGGGCGUACAUAAACAACAUGCACAACACAUGGGAGCAGUUAUAUGUCUACUGGAUAUGUCCCUUCAUAGGAGCAAUAAUGGCUGCAUGGACUUUUCGUGCUGUCUUUCCAGCACCAGUGAAGCCGAAGCUGAAGCAGAAGAAAAAGAGAAACUGAGAUGGAAUGUUCUGCUUCAAUUACUUCAUUAGUCUAGGUUGCGCUGUGGUUGAAGUAACUCGAUAAAAUUCUUUAACUUCAAAUGUGGAAUCAUAAUGGAUUCCCUUUGCAUUAGCUGGAAUUGUUAGUAAACCCUCUUUCAACAUUGAUCCAAAUUCAACCAACUAUUAGUGCAAAAACUUAGUUGUUCCAAA